GCCCCAUAUAUUUUGAGGCCCUGUGCUGUAGAUCAGGCCAGCACAGGGUUUGGGCCGGGCCUGGUGGAUCUCAUUAAUUGCUUCAUCUAUUCGGGGGGCUGUAACUGUAAGUAAAGCUUCCCCAAAAUUAAUCAAUCCAGAGGGACCAUGUACGGCGAUCAUUUCUACUCAUUAUCGGAUUAUUACAAUCAAAGUACCACAUCGGUAAUACAAGGAAAGUAAUCUUUGUAUAUUAGUGUCCACCAAGCUCAUCCGUACGAGGCUUUUUGGAGAGGACACCCAAGAGUAAAUCCGUGCAGGUUUGGCCCAAAGCGGACAAUAUCGUACUAAUUGAGCACCCCGGUUCGACAAGUGAUAUCAGAGCCUGGUUCGGUUCGGGGCGGUGGACAUCAGAGUGGACCCUCAUUCGGUGACCUCAGGAUUUGUGAUCUGGCGGAUCGAGGGAGGCCUACGUUUGUCUGGCGGAUCAAGAUAAUACCUAAGGUGAGGACACAAAGUUCGUGGUCCUUGUUUGGAGGGGAGGAUUGUUAUGUGACAAUCCAAGUACCACAUCGGUAAUACAAGGGAAGACACCCAUUAAUUAGAAGAGAAACCAGAGAUUAAGAAAUUUAAUAUAAAAAUACACCUCAAAGAGAGUAGUUCUAAGAACAUAUGUAUUGUUAUGAUCCUGUGCAUUUAGCAAAUCGCGGUCAUAUAGAUAUGACAACGUUUGUAUUAUGUCGUAGCGGAUGGUCACCUUAUGUACAGUUAUACAAUACUUUUAGAGUUUAGAUUUCCAUGUUCUAGAGGACAACACAUGUUUGAUUAGGUGCUAAUUCGUGUAUAACUCAACAACUUAUGACUAAUAAAUAAUAAUGUAGGUCCGCGGAUCACCAUCCUUUACGCUUACAUAUUCUAACUUAAAAAAAUUGUGGAUAAUAUGAAAUCAACACAAAGAGAAAGACUUGUUCAUCACUUAAAACGAACAAUAAGAAAUAAGAGGAGGCGGAGAUACAAAUUCAAACACUUUUUAAUAACACAGAAUUCGCAAAUCAUGUUUGAUUGGAUUGUUAAUUCGUGUAUAUCCCAAACAAAUAUGACUAAUAAUAUUGUGGAAACAUAUCAUCCUUUUACGUCGUCAUAUUCUAACAAAAAAAAACGGUGGAUAAUCUGAAGAGAAACAUAAUUACAAAGACUUGUUCAUCACUUAAAACAAACAAUAGAAAUAAUAGGGAAUCAGAAAUACAAAUUCAAUAAACCAGCUUAUUUCGGGGAGAAUUAAUAUAUAAAUCCCACCUUUCCCUUUCCCCUUCUCCCUCAUCACUCUUCCCCACUAGACACUCUUCACUCUCUCUUCUCCAAUGGCUUCCUCUUCAAACGUCGCCGCCGCUCUCUUCCUCCUCUUCCUCGCCCUCUUCUCCACUGCCGCCCACGGCCGUGAGAGCCACUUCUUCAGCAGAGUCGCCUCCAACACCAACCCCACCCCCGCCACAACAUCCACCACAAUCUCUGUUUCUCCCGACUCCAAACCCGCCGCCAAUACCAACAACGUAGAUCCUAACGGCAUCAACAAUGGCCAACCUUCCUUCGUCCAGGAAACGGAAAACAACGGCUAUGGCAUCUACGACCAACAGAACCCUGAAGAAACGGCGUCGUUCGACCAGACCGCCAUCAACACCAAGCUCACCUCGUUCCCAACCAAAAGCUUCCGUCCCUAUAACGCCCAGACCAAUAGCGACGACACUUUCCAGAAGGGAAAUGCUAACAACAACGAUAAAUACUACAACAACGACAGGUAUUACGGCGAGAGCGGGUACAACGGCAACAACAACCACGGCGAGUUCGCCGACAAGGAGCAGGAAAAGUUCGGCGAGGCUAGCCUGAAACAGCAGGAUACCACCGGCUACCAAAAGUCCGGUUGGGAUUUCGGAAACAGUGGUUACGAAUUCUUCCCCUAACAAACCAGAUUGAUGAAUGCAACAGUAGAGAAUAAGAAGAUGCAGAGUUCUUAGUUGCAGACGAAUCCCAGAAGCAGAGAAAGUGAAACGUCAACAUUGUGCAAAGGUGGUGAUGUAGCCGUUAGUUGGACAUAAUUGAAUGAAAGCUACAUGUCGGCUAUUUUCAAUUUACUUAAAAACUUGCCGUUAUUUGUAGUUUUUAUUGUAGAUGAAUUCUGGUUUUCAGAAAGUAUAAAAGGAAGAGUAGAGCAGAUAGCUCACUCUAACGAUUGAUCCACAAUUCGUUCUUCUUCAACUGCUUCUAUUUUCUUCCUUCCUAUUUCAUUCUGAUGCGCGCCGUCUUCAUCCUCAUCCUCAAUAGUUAGUAGCAUGUUCACCGUAACCUGAGCCAAGGGUAUGACCACAAUAGAGUGGAACGGAUGAAUGCACGUAUUAAUAAAAUAAGUGUAUUGUAAGACUACAUCAUUUGAUCUAUUUGUUUGUAACUACGUAUUUUAAUAGGAUGAAGUCAUUUUUUUUCAUGGCAAUGUCACACAUAUAAAUGAAGCAAGCCAUUUACUGAGGGCAGCAGCUUCCUUUAUCUUUUGCCGUCUUUUUUCCAUUCAAUGAUGCAUAUGCUUUCUCCCACCACCAUUACCGUGUCUGUCACUGAACAAGACAUGCUAAGUCCCUCGUACAAGUUCCAGAUCCAAAAAAGCAAAACAAGUAACAACGUGAGCCAGAUCAACUUUGAUGUCGGUAAACAUAGCUUGAAGUCAUUGACAGAUACUAUUAAUAAUGCGAAUGACAAGUAAUUAUUACUAGUUUGAUAUUGUACAUUAUGGAAAGUGCACGAGUUUGAAAUUUCAAUAUAGAAAAACUCACGAUUGCACUACGAUAAUUAUUUAUGAAUUAAAACGAUCGAGUCUAGCUAGUCAGAUGUAUGGUUGAUUUCAUCACGACUUGAGAAUGAGUAAGUACUAUUUUAAGGUCCAAACUCCAAACACAUAUCAAUGAACUCAACUAACACGUGCAAUUGUGAGCUAUAGCUAGGGGGACCUCGUGUGCCCUAAUUUCGAGAGUGAUUGGGAGGUUGGUUACAUUUCCCCUUUGGUUGAACAAGUUUAAUGUUGUUGAUUAUAUGGAUGGGGCUAGGCUUUUGGGUAAACUAGUCAUUGAUUAUAAAACUAUUAAGCUAUGUCGUUGUUAUGGGUAAACGAAAUUAAUAAGAGCUACCAGCCUACCACACUAACUAGAAAACUAGAAAGUGCCCAUUAAUCCCAAACCCCACCAUUGCACAAAUCAUUGAUUAUGUAUAGGGUUGGAGUUCGGCUAACCAAACCGAAUUGGUUUGUUACUCGAACCUGAAUCGGCUCCAUUAAUUUAGCAACCAUAACCGUCAUCGAUGUCGUUUUCGGUUACCUGAAAACUGAAUGUCUCGGUUUUUCCUGGUAUACUUUGGUUACCCUCAUUGAAUUUGAUGACCCAUUGGGCUUGGUCCAUAAUCCGUUCGGACCUUGGAGAUGGAAUGACAUGGUGGGUCAAGCCCAAAUUCGAUUGGAUUUUUGGAUAUAUUCGAUUAUUUUCUAACCAAAACCCAAAAGAUAAUCUAAACCCACAACCGGAAUCGUUCCAUUGAUUUAAUUUCGAUUCUUGAUUACCGUUCACCAGCAAAUUCUGACUUUAGUUUCGAUUAACUCACUGAACCGAAUAUCCAGCCCGUAAUUACGUAUAUGUAUGUACUACGGGGUAUUAAGAAUUGGGAGGUGGGAUUGGUGGGUGCGUAUGGACCAAACUACCAAUGAACAAAAAUGGCAAUCCAAAGCCAAAUAAAUAGAAGGGCAGAGUAGGGGGCGUCAGGCGUGGGGAGUAGAAUGGGUAAAUGUCAUAUUUGGUGAUUGAGAUUAUUAAAUCAUGUUAUAUUUA